UUCAUAGUACCGGUAUAAAGAGGUAUUUCGCCAAUCACAACACGAACAAAAACACACCACGAAGAUACCGAACACGGCCUCUAAAUCCGAGUACGCAUCCCUCCAACAUGCCACGUCACACAUCGGCAGCGUCCCCACUAGGCGUUGCACGAGAUGAUUCCGACGACGAGCUAGGAGAUGAGGACCACCCUUGGGAAUGGAUAUAUCAAUCGCACGUCAAGUCCGACAGAGCAGAGUCCGCACGGAAGCGCAAGCGCGAAGAUGGGCAGCCAAAGAUCAUUGGCGCCCAGAUGGGCAAGUUCGAGUGCUACGUAGGCGACUGCGUCCUGCUCAAGGCCGAAGGAUCGCACGAAGCCUGGGUGGGCAUUAUCACCGAGUUCAUGGAAAACGACGAGGAUGGCGACAAAGCAGCCACUUUCCUCUGGUUUUCCAGCCAAAACGAGAUUAGGAACAGGGAUAAAAAGAGGACCGACGCCCUACCGAACGAGUUGUACAUCACACCGAGUAGCGACAUCAACUCACUGGCCUCGAUCAACGGCAAAGCAACCGUCCUGUCCCAUUCCGCAUUCCUCGAGAGAUACCCGACCGGAAAGAUCCCACGCAAUUCACCCGGACACAACAAGACGUUCAUUUGUCGGCGCGGAUGCAACACGAGAACAGCCACUUAUACAGACGAGUUCGUCUGGGAGGACAUUUUUCAUGGCAAAGAAGAGGAGAUAGGUCCGCUGGUCGAACUUCUAGAAUCAAAGACCAAGGCAACCAGAAGGAAGCGGAAAACAGACCAUACAGCACUCGAAGCUGCCUUCGUAGCAGAUCGCCAUGAUCUCGACCACGACGAGGAUAUGGACGAACCCAGGAGACCGGCGCCUGCUACGCCAAGGAAGAAACAAAGGACGACCAAGGUGGCCACUCCUUCAAACCGAAAGAUUGUCCUGAAGAAGGCGCUCGAGUUCACCCCACUAGGUACACGUGUACUCUCCCCCAGCCAUCACCAAGCUUCCCCCUUCCAACUGGCACGUGCCCAGCUUCAUGUCGCUUCAGUGCCUACGAGCCUUCCUUGCCGCGAGUCCGAGUUUUCGCUCGUGUACUCUCACCUCGAGGCCGCCAUCACAGACGGAUCUGGUGCCUGCAUCUACAUCUCGGGCACGCCCGGAACCGGUAAGACAGCAACCGUUCGGGAGGUUGUCUCCAGACUGGAUCAUGCAGUGAGCUCAGACGAACUGGACGACUUCAUUUUCGUCGAGAUCAACGGGAUGAAGAUUACCGACCCCCACCAGUCCUACUCCUUGCUGUGGGAGGCACUACGCGGACAGCGCGUGAGCCCCAGCCAAGCACUGGACCUCCUUGAACGAGAAUUCAACAAUCCAAGCCCACGACGAGUCCCCUGCGUCGUCCUCAUGGACGAGCUGGACCAGCUGGUCACAAAGAACCAGAGUGUAAUGUACAACUUCUUCAACUGGCCCGGGCUGAGGCACUCUCGGCUCAUUGUGCUGGCGGUUGCCAACACCAUGGACCUUCCUGAGAGGACUUUGAGCAACAAGAUCAGCAGCCGUCUUGGCCUGACUCGCAUCACCUUCCCCGGCUACAACCACGAACAGCUCAUGAAGAUCAUCCAGUCGCGAUUAGAAGGUGUACCAGGCAAUAUUGUCGAGCCCGAUGCGGUGCAGUUUGCAAGUCGAAAGGUCGCUGCUGUCAGCGGUGAUGCGCGAAGAGCACUCGAUAUAUGCCGACGAGCUGUCGAGCUGGCCGAAGCUGAAGCAAAGGGACUCGACGCAUCACAACCUCCAACACCGAGCAAGAAGGCGAGGGAAAAGGAGAAGAUGGCUGAGUUGGACAAGAAGCAGAAAUCCAAGGGCAGGGUGACAAUCGCAACGGUGAAGCGGGCCAUCAACGAGGCAACCUCAAGCCCCCUGCAGCAAUACCUGCGUGCUCUGCCCUAUGCCUCUAAGCUAGUUUUGGCUGCUCUGAUGAUCCGCAACCAGAGGACGGGGUUGCCAGAUAGUACAUAUGGAGAUGUGCAAGAAGAGCUAAGACGGGCUUUGGUACUAGACACGGGCAGCAGGCGAGUCAAAUUGCUCACUGGGCAGUCUGAGUCCGAUCCAGAUGGGCGGCAGCGGAAACAGAACGCCGCGGUCAUGACGAGGGCCACCGGCAUCAGUGCAGCAGCUGUCGAUCUGACUGGUGCAGGUAUCAUUAUUUUGGAAGGCCAGAGGCCUGAACGACCCAGCAAGAUAAGGCUUGCUGUUGGUGACGAAGAGAUCAAAUUGGCAUUUCGUGACGACCCUGAGAUCAGAGCUUUGGGUAUAGCAUUCUAGUGUACAUAGUGCAGCCUUUAUCUCUUCUCACCCCAACUCUAAUGAUACCCUAUCUGAUUUUGACCGUAAUUCCGGCC